CAUUUUACACUUAGAGGAUCUGGUUCCCUCCUUGUCCCUCCCCAUCGUUAAAAAAUGGGGGGUCCGGCUCUCCGAUCUGCAGCGACGACUACCCGGAGCUGCUGCUUCCGGUCGUCCGCCCGGAUCUGCUGCUUCAGGCGAUGCCCGCCUCGCCGUCGCCCUCCUGCUCGUCCCCCUCGUCGGUUACUUGACCACCUCGGCAUCAGCGGCGGGGGUGCUGGGAGGGGGGUGUAUGGGCCCUUCUUCGAGCCGUUCAACCAUCGCAGUGCAGAGCAGGAAGCUCGUCUCGGAGGUGAUCAGGUUCACAGUGGCGAGUGAUUCAGAGCAUGAUGGAUGCAGGGAUGUCUCAAAUGGUGCAGGGUGUUCACUUGGCUUUGGCGCAGGCCAAGCUUCAAGCACGUUAACAGAGUUGCUUGCAGGAUUUCUCACGUUCAUGAUCAUGCAUUCAAGCUGCAAGGAAAUAAAUGUAUGUGUAAGGAAGGUGGUGCAGAUGUGGUGGAGUAUAUCUUCUGGGAUGGGCAUGAACCGGCCAAAGUUCAGGUUCUUCGUUGCCUUCUUCAGGUGGAGUGAAAUUGAGGUCUGGGACUACCAUGCCUGCAACUGGGCCAAUGAUCUGCUGCUGUUGUUUUUGACGAUCUGCCAUUGAAGAGCUGUUUUUGCUUCUGUUGAGGGCCAGUGACCUGCUGCUGUUGAUCUGCUGCUGAAGGCCAGGAGCUGUUGCUGAAGGCCAGGAGCAGUUGUUGCCAGGGGAGAAGCCGGCAAGGAGCACCUAGGCUGGAGGUGCUCGCUUGUGAGAGGAGCUCCUGGCCUUCUCCCCGGGCCCCAGGCGCGUGAGAGGAGCUCUUGGCCUUCUCCCCUAGCGCCGGGUAUGAGAUUCAACCUUGCCGGCGACGCAGGGAAGAAGGGAGGCGGUGCUGGCGAGCUUUGACCUGGGCGGGGAAGAAGGGAGGCGUUGCUGAGGCGGGGAAGGACCUGGGCUCAAAGUGGGCGGAGGAGGAGCUUCCGGGGCUGACGAGGUGGGCGGAGGAGAUCCUGGGUGAAGGUGGGCGGCGACGAUCCUGGGAGGCGAUCCAGAUGUUCUGAAUUUCAAACUGAUCGACGGUGUUAGAAGGGAUAUAGAAAGAUUGGUGGAAUCAUUGAUUGUAUUGCUUGAGCCUCGUGGGCAUAUAUAUAGGAGUAUAAUGAUUAAUUUGGAGUAAAGACAAGGCAGGAACAAAUCCUAUUCUAUCUCGUCUUUCCUAAUAAUCAGUAUACUCAACAUCCCCCGUGGUCACAACGUUGGCGACGCAGACGGUGAGACUGGAGAAGAAUCCGAAGGCAAGCCGAUGAGGUUGCUCACAGUCGUAACGGUCGAUGCAUCGUGGAAGUCGUGGUUGGAGUGGAAACCGACGAGGUUGCUCAAGCAAGGCGGUAGCUCUUUGUGCCGAUGUCGAUGAAGCCGAGAGCGUACGGUGGUGUAGCCGUGGUCGAGGUAGCCGUGCGAAGCAUGUCGUGGUCGAUGUCGAGUCGGGGUGGCCGGUGUCGAGGAAGUCGCCGUGUAACCGCGGGCGCAAGAAGGCGUCGAGUUAGUCAUAGGCGCAGUGGUAUUGAGGUAGUGGUGCGCGGGAAGGAGGAUGGUGUUGACGAGGCGUCGCGCCGGGUUUGCCAAACCCGGGGACACGUCGUAGAUGAAGGCACGCGUCGGUGUCGCCAGCACCGGGCAUGCGUAGACGGACGAAGACGAAGUUGACGAAGCGCCGCACCAGGCUUGCCAGGCCCGGGGACACGUCGUGGACGAAGGCACGCAUCGGUGUUGCCAGCACCGGACAUGCGUAGACCGGGACCUGCACGAACUGUACGCCAUGUCGGUGAAGUCGGAGAGGCCAACAGAGAAGGACUCGACGACAGUUGCGGGGCCGAUUUCGCCCGCGGUUGUCAGAGUAGACGAAGUGGUCAAUGUAGAUGACGGCGACGCUGGCGGCGGGCUAGUGCUUGACGAAGAUGGAGGUGGACGGGUGGCGGCGGCGGCGCCCAAAGAAGAGCGGUGGCGGCGGCCUUACGGCAGCGGCGGCUAGGUUAGGAGCACGGCGGCGAUGCUGAAAGUAGGCGAGGAGAACCCAAAACAUGACGAAGACCGGCGCGGACAAUGGCGUUCUCGUGCCAAGGGAGGCGGCGCGACACAUACCACGUGAAGUAAACUCGCGGGGAUGGCGGAGCGGACCGCGGGCCGCGGCGCUACGUCCCGACGGGGCGAUGCAACGGUGCCGGGCAGGUCAGGGCGACGGCAGGAAGACCUCGGGGGCGGUAGCGGGGACCACGGGCAGCGGCGCUAUAGUCCGAAGGGGCGGCGCAGCGACGGAGCGCGGGUCGAUGCAACUGUGGGGGCGGCCUCGGGGCGGCUGCGGGGACCGUGCAUCGCGACACUACGGCCCAAGGGGCGACGCAGAGGCGACGCGCGAGUCGAUGCAGCCACGGGGAGAACCACGGGGCGGCGGCGCUGCGGCUCGACGGGGCGAUGCAGCGGCAGCCCGUUGCUCGAUCGGUGGAGGGGCGCGCUGAACUCGGGGGACGAUCUUCACAAGACCUGCGGAGGCGUGCAACCGACGGGCCGGGUCCGUCGCGCGACAUAGAUGGGGCGGAUCGCGCCGGUGAGCGGGUGAUCAAGCCGAUCGCGCGCGAGGCCGGGGACGCCGCUCGGUGGAGGCGGGGUGGCGGCGGAGUCCGAGACGAAGCCGGCGAUGACAGACGGCGUGGGACGUCAUGCGGAUGAGCGGGUCAGCACCGGCACCCGGGCUGCCAAAGCAGCGCCGGCGCCCGGGCAGCGAGGCCCGAGCGACCAAUGUAGCAGCGGCGCCCGAGCUGAGGCAGCCGACGAUCCUGAAGAAGCCGGCCCGACGCAGCCAGGUACGAGGCCGGCGAGGCAGACCGCAGGGCCGCCGUGCAGACGCGACGGAGGCGGGUGGCGUGGAUCGAUGGGCGGGAUGGCGCACGUACGACGACUAUGAUGGGCCGCCGCAUAGCGCGAGGCCGCCGGGUUGGGGCAAUGCAGGCGUCCCAGUCGGAGAGGGCGGUGACAGCCGGCGUAGAUCGACGAGCGGGCCAGCUCGCGGACGACGGCCAUGAGGGGCCGCCUGUCACGUGAGGUCGCCGUGUCGGUGAAGAAGCCUGCCGGUCACGCCGGUGUCGGAGUAGAGGCGCACAGGGGUCGAUGGCGGCGGCGGGCGACACAAACCGAUCAAGUAUAGAUCGGAAAACCGAAAAGAAAACGACGAUCAAGGUGAUUGGCGGGAGAGAGAAAACCCGGAUCAAGAGAUCGGGAAAAAGACUCUAGGGCAGCUGGUCAACACGACCGGCGGAGGAACCCUAGGUAAGGGCGGCGUGGCCCCCCGGCGGCGGUCAGGGAGGCCGACCGCCCCGGGAGCGGCGCACGGGUGUGGAAGUGGUGGUGGCUAGGGUUUAGGAUCGAGGUAAGGCUGAU